CUAUACGUCAUUUGAACUUUCAAGUUCAUAUUUUAAAAAUAACGGUAGAAAUACCGGGCUGCUGAGAUUACUAAACUGAAAACUGCGCCUAGGAAAAUAAAUAGAUUUUAUCAUGAAUAUACGUUGACGAUUAUUUAGUGAAAUAAACAUGGAACCAUCGAAGGAAGCUAUUGCAGUACGUAUUACUCGAAUAAAUCGACAGAUAACAGGAAAGUUUACGAGUGGUUCAAAUAAAUUAAACAAAAGGAUAGAUCGAGAGACACUUUUGGAUGCUAUUACAGUUUUAUACGAUGAAUGCAAUGAUGAUCCAAUUAAGAAAAAUGACGAAUUUGUGCGAGCUUUUGUGGAUAAGUAUCGUAGUUCCUUGGCUGACUUGCGUCGGGCUCGAGUAUGCCAUUCAGAUUUUGAAUUGUUACAAGUUAUUGGCAGAGGUCAUUUCGGUGAAGUUCAUAUGGUACGUGAAAAAGAAACCAGUGAUGUUUACGCAUUGAAGAUUUUGCGUAAGGAAGAAGCUCGAAAACGUGUGGCAAAUGGUGCGGAGGAUGAACGGGAUGUAUUAGCUAAUGCUAAUGGACCAUGGAUCCCAAAGUUGCAAUAUGCUUUUCAAGACAGCAGCAAUUUAUAUUUAGUAAUGGAGCUGUGCAAUGGUGGUGACUUAGCAGGACUAAUUGCAAGACGUAAUCAUCCACUAACCGAACGUGAUGCUGCAUUCUAUAUAGCAGAGGUGGCUCAUGCGCUUAAAACACUUCAUGGCAUGGGCUAUGUCCAUCGUGAUAUAAAACCACAGAACAUUUUACUUGAUCGAUGCGGUCACGUUAAGAUUGGCGACUUCGGUUCGUGCGCGCGACUGUCCGACGGCUCGGCGACCGGCGUAGCUGCGGGCACACCGGACUACGUCGCACCUGAGUUGCUGGCUGCUGCGGACUGCGCGCACACCGUCUGUCUCGACCACUGCCGCCCGCACGCACAUACUGCUAUUUCAGCAUGUGACUACUGGUCACUGGGCGUGGUUGCCUUUGAGCUGGUCACACUGAAGAGACCCUUCUCGUCGGGGGAUGAUGACUCUCUACCAGAGAUCUUAGCUAACAUACAAAGGUACGGCAGUAAAAAGAACGCGGAGCCUCCAUUCGAGGAGUUUCCUCAGGGUCCAUCGGCCGCGUGGAGAUCGCUAGUUGGGGGUCUGCUGCGCGUCGCUCCUGCAAAACGGUUCAGCUAUCUAGACACACUGCAGCAGCCUGCACUAGCACAUCUCAGACUGCAUUCUAUACGAGAUCAGGCGCCGCCGUGGGUGCCGCACCUGCGCGGGCCGGAGGACGCGUCCUACUUCAACCCGCCACCGCGCACCCCGCCACCGCCCUCCGCCGUGCCCUUCCGCUCACGACCGCCCUUCGCCGGCCAGCUGCCCUUUGUUGGAUAUUCAUUCGUGGCGUGCAAUAAUCAUGACGAUAGUUCUGGAGGUUUUAAUGCGUCACACGACUGCACGGCCAUCGAUCUCGCUACUUUCAAAUCAGCGGAGAAGCUGGCGGUGAUGCGAGGUCGUGAGAUAGCGUCGCUGCAGGGCCGGCUGGCGGAGGCGGAGGCUGCGGCGGCGGCGGCGGGCGAGCGCGCGCGACGUGACGCAGACGCGGAGGCUGAGCGCACGCGCGCCAAGCUGCAGGCCGAGAUCACCGCGCUCAGUCUGCAGAACAAACGUUUGGAACGUCAAGUGGAAGUCGAGAAAGAAGAACGCAUGGCGCUACAGCGUACGAACCAGGAACUAUCUUCUGGCAUCAUAGAGAGGAGUAACUCGGAGCUCAGAGCUACACAGACACGUUUGUUGGAACUUCAAGCAGAACGAGAUUCAAUAAAAGAAGAAUUAAAUAGAUUGCAAAUGAAGUAUUCAGAACUUCAUGCGGAGAAUACAAGAAAUAAUAGCGCCAUGGAAGCUGCACGCGCACAAGAAAAACAUUAUAAGGAUAUUAUUCAUGAGGCACGAGAGUUAAGACACAGAAGGCUCACAGAAAUCAAUGUGCGCGCUAUUGAUACAAUAGCAAAGGAGCGCGCGCUGCGGCGGCAGACACUGAGCGGGGGUGAGGCGGAGGGCGCGCGGCUGGCGGCGGCGGAGGCGGGCGCGGCCAAGGAGGCGCGUCUGCGGGCGCGAGCUGAGGCCAAACUGGCCGCUGCUGACGCCGAGACCGACUCGCUCAGGGCCGAGCUGGAUGUAGUCAGGACACAGCUGGCCACCGCUCAGGAGACUUUGAGUGCAAGACGACGCAACUCCAGCGCGGCGACGCAUCAACUGAACGAAGUACAACAGCAGCUAGAGGAGCAGCGCGCCCAGAACAAGGCGCUGCUCAUACAAGUACAGGAAUUAGAACGUAGCGUGCAGGAGGCUGCACGUCGCGAGGCGUCGCUAGAGGAGCAGAGCGCGCGCACCGAGGCGCGGCUGCGGGAGAAGCUGGAGGAAGCGGAGACCAGAGCCACUGCCGCUUUGCAGGAUGAGUCGCGCAGGAGGGAGAAGGUGAACGGUCUAGAACAACUAGUGCGUCAGCUGGAACGGGAGGUGAGCGCGCUCGAAAAGCGUUCCUGUGCGACGUGCGCGGACCGCGAGCGCGAGCAGGAACGCGAGCACGAGCACGCGGACGUGGAGAGCGAGCGCGCUCGCGACUGCCGCAGUGACACCGAGAGCGUGGCCGACGGGCACGCGCACUCGCACGCGCAGCUCACUGUGCUGCGAGAACAGCUCGAGCGCGCCGAGGCUCAGCUUCAGGCUCGCGCGGACGAAAUAGCAACUUUGCGACAAGAGACGAGAGCUGCUAAUCUAGCUAAAUGGCGAAAGGAGCGUGAAUACAACGAACUAUCAGUGGAAUCAAAGUCAACCGCUCGAGAGCUAAAACGUUUAGAGGAACGUCUGACACUAGCACAGGAAGCGCGCAAGACGAGCGAACAGAAGGCAGCUACAUUGCAGACGGAGCUGACCACAUUGCGGCCACAACACCAGCGCGCCAUCGCAGACCUCGACAACUUGAGGCAGCAGCUAACAAAACUUAAGCAAGAACACGAAGUUGUACAGACCGAAGUCGACAGAUCUCGCAACGACAUUAGGAAGUUGAAGAGUGAGCUGCAGUAUAGUGAGAAGCGACGGAUGCAUGCUGAAGAGCAAGAGGAGCUGUCGAGCCGCGAGCGUGCGCAGCUGAGAGACGAGCUCACUGCACUACGCACGCACAACAACGAUCUUAUGACUAAUAACAAAGCUUUACAAGAGGCGUGUACGUUGUUGGAGGACCAGUUGACGGAAUUGGAGAAAUUAACAGAUUUACACGAAGUCAAGAAUAAAGAUCUAGAGAGUGAGACGCAGCGCAUGCGCAGCGAGCUGGAGGCGUGCCGGGCGCGGCUGGAGACAGCGGAACGCGCCGCGGCCGAGCGCGCCGCCGCCGCCGGGCUGGCCGCACAGCGCGGGGACGAGGCGCGCGACCAGGCCAGGCACGCUAACACGCAACUGCAACUACUACGGGAGCGUCUGGAGAGUCGGGAAGCGCGCGUGGCGGAGCUGGAGUCGCGUCUGGCGGCGCUGGAGGGCGAGCGCAGCGCGGCGGCGGCGGCGCUGGGCAGUGCGGCGCGCCGUGUGCGCGAUCUGCAGGAGGAGAGCGCCGCACUGCGCACGCGCGCGCACCACCAUCAUGCGCACGCACUGCAGCUGCAGGCCAGCCUCGCUGAUGCACAGGAGGAGGCGGCGGCGGCGCGAGAGGCGAGCGAGGCGGCCAGUGCUUGGUGGCGCACCCGCGAGACCAAGGCCGACGCCACCAUACGCCAGCAGGCCAAGCUCAUCGACUUCCUGCAGGCCAAAGUGGAGGAAGCGAAUCGCAAGAAAUGUUCACUGAGCAACAAGUUGUUUGGACGGUCUGGACGUCGUGCCGCUGCUUCGCCACCGCUCAUGCGGGUUAACAGGGAACUACGCGAAGAAGUUGAACGCCUGCGAGCAAAACUAGCUGCUAACGACAUUCCACCAACACCCAAACGAGAAAAAGCGUUCGAAAAACCAAAGAAACUAGUCAAUGGUAUAGGAAGUAUGGAUUUAUUAGAAGACGUAUUGGAACCAUCACUACUUAUUGUAUGGUCUGACGGAAAUCGCGAGCGGAUGAACGCGCGUUGUGAGGAGGCGGCGCUGGUGCUGACGCGCGGCGACCGCGAGCUGCGCGCGCGCAUGUUGUCCCCGGAGGCCACCAACUUGCCACACAACGAGGCCAACCGCGCUUUCCUCAUCAAAGUGGAGGAGGUUGGCGGAGGCGAGGGCGGGAGCGAGGCGGUGGCGGUGUGCAGCAGCGCGGGCGAGCGCGCCGAGUGGGUGUCGCGACUGCGCGCGCCGCCGGCCGGCUACCGAGCACUGGCGCUGUGCGACAUGCGCGCCCCGCCGCACACCGCGCUAUAUGUCGCGCCGCAUGCCAUCGCCAUAGGUGGUCCCGAAGGAUUACACUCUCUGCGAGGCGAAGUGCGCAUAGAGUGGGAGGGUUGUGUGUCGCCGGCGCGUGCGUGCGGUGCGGUGCGGUGCGCAGCGGCGUGUGGCGGCCGCGCACUCGUCGUGUGCGGUGCGCUGCUCGCGCAUGGCGGCCUGCUAGCGCUCGGCUCGGCGCUGCGCCGCGCGCCCUCUCUGCGACCCACAUUCAGCCUCACCAGGGUGCGCUUGCCCGAUGUCAUCACGCCACAUAUACUUAAGGUAAAUGCAGAGGAGUCGGGCGAAGGCCCGUGUGCUGUAGUGGCGUGCGGGCGCCGCGUGUUCGUGCUGCGCUUCGACGCAGCCAACACGGAGUUCAAGAUCGCGCGCUCGCUCACCAUCGAUCGGCCGCCCUCCGCGUUGCUACUAACCGCUCGCCACUUGUUCCUGGCUGGCGAGAAGCCGCUCAAAGUAAACCUGCCCGCCGGAGCGCUCGAGACCUUCGCAAUGGAGGACGCCACCGUAGCCGCGGCUGCCCGCGCGCACUCCGCACCCCGCGCCCUCGUGCUCGUGCGCGCCAAGCCCCUCGAGUUGCUCAUCUGCUACGCCGAGUGCGGCGUGUUCGUCGACGAGAUGGGCCGGCGCACGCGGCACGAGGACCCCAAGUGGAGCGCUGCCGUACACAGCUGGGAGUUCGUGGCACCCUUCCUGUACGCCGUCGGAUCCGACCGCGUCACCGUCAUAUAUCUCAGCGAGGAAGCGUACCGCGCGCCCCCUUGCACCUGCGACUCCUCCUCGCUCGCAUCAUCCGUCUCCGAGUGCUAUCUGCCCGAGGUCUUCAACUACAAGGUGAGAGAGCCUGUGUUGCUAGGCACCGCGCCCAACGGCAUAAUAAUUAGGUCGACCAUUGACGACGGGUAUUCCGUCUCCAUAAUCGACGGUCUCAGCGCGUUCCGAAGUAUCGGUGCAUCGCUCGAAUCUCUAGAGACUAUAUCGGAUAGCAAGGGGUCCUCCUCGGAUUUGACCGUGUCAUGCACGGACCUCUCGCAGCACGAGAUGUCGAACGAGAGCGUCGAGGUAAACACGGGCUUUUUAGCCGACAUCAGAAAGAGAGCGAAGCAGCUCCGAAACGCCAAGCGCAAGGAAACGGACAAAACAUCGGACGACGUUAUCAAAGAGAUUCUCACUACUGAGGUCGGGCUAAAGCGAGUCUCCGGGGGCAGGAAGUCCCCCGCCGCUACUUCAGAGUUUGACUCCGACACGGAGACUGACAACGAGCCCAGCUCCGCCAAAGGCACCGCGGACCUCUGUGCUGAAAUGUUCGCUAGGCAAGUUAGAUUUAAAUAGAUUCCAGAGAUAUUCCUAAACCUAACUGUAAUGUCCCAAUCCCGAUUCCUUUAGGAAUCGCUUUUUUUACCAUGUUGUUCACAAAUGUGACAGGAGUUGAGCUUGUAGCCAAAAACAGGCCUUACCUUUGCACGUUUGGCACCCGAUGAUCGCCCUUAUAUCCUAUAAUGCCACCGCAAAAAUCUAUGAUAGAAUUCGAGUAUGUAAUGUUUAAAAUUGCAUAGUUUUACCAUAGCAUAAUAAUUAUUUAAUUACCAAAUAUUUUUAGGAUUUUUUAAGAAGAACUUAGUAUGAAAGUAUGGUAAGUUUUAUAUGGUGCGAACUUUUAGAUAUUUCGUUUUUUUUUAUAUAAUAGAUUGUUUAUUAAUAAGUAUUCUGCACGCAAAGCUGUUCUCUGUUAAGAGGUGUAUCCGUACUUUAAAAAUUGACUGUUUCACUUUUGUUCCUGCUACAAAACAAGUUGUAAAAAAAUACCUAGUUUUUGUAAUUCGUGUAUUUUUAGUAUUAUAGGAGCUUCGCUCAAGCGUUUGUACUUAUUUAUUGAUUAGAGCUAGUGUCUUAUUAUUUAUUUACAAUUGCGUUUGCCUUUUUAUUACAAACUAUUGUAAUUGAUAUUACUUGUGAGAAUUAAGAUUCUUUCGUAUAUUUUCUGUAUAUCUCUCAUUUUUAAUAAUUAUAAAUGAAUGUACACUUGCUUGUCUUUUUGCUACGAGUCAUUUGUCACUAAGUUUAAUUUACUGUGAUUUGAUAUUUAUGUAUAACGUUCAAAAAAAUUAAA